CGCCUCGUGAGUCAUGUCCCCGACGCGGAGCCAGGGGCGUGUCACUUGUCCUCGUGCUCGUUUGACCCACCCGUUCUCCCGCUUCCUCCGUGUUCCUUGUCCCGUCGCCCGGCGCCUCCCCACCGGCCAACGCUCACCCCCGAGGCCCCCCCGCCGGCCUCCCGCCUCGCGGUGAACCCAUCAGUCACCCCUUGGUCGCUCACUCGUGUAUGCCGCUGGGGCCGCCCCACGCCCGCCGCUUGCUCGAGGGAAUUCCGCGCCGGUGUCUGGUCGCGGCGCGCGAGGAUGCGGUCGCCGGGUACGCGCGUAUGCUGGCGCGCGGGGCCAUGCCCGACGCCUACACGUUCCCGCCCCUGCUCAAGGCGGUGGCGCGCGGCUCCUCCGCGGCGCCGGUGCGCGCCGUCCACGCGCACGUGGUCAAGUUCGGGAUGGGCCGCAACGCCCACGUGGCGACCUCUCUGGUCACCGCGUACGCGGCCGGGGGUGACGGCGCGGCGGCGCGGGCGCUGUUGAGCGAGCGCGAGCGCGACACGCCCGUCGUGUGGAACGCGCUGAUCUCCGGCCACAACAGGUGCAGGCGGUUCGGGGAGGCGUGCUGCUCGUUCGUGGACAUGGCCAGGGCCGGCGCCGCGCCCACGCCGGUCACCUACGUCUCGGUGCUGUCUGCUUGUGGGAAGGGGACAGGAGACGUGCUGCUCGGGAUGCAGGUGCACGGUCGUGUCGUGGGGAGUGGGGUUCUGCCGGACCUCAGGGUGGAGAACGCGCUGGUUGAUAUGUACGCUGAGUGUGCUGACAUGGAAUCGGCUUGGAAAUUGUUCGACGGCAUGCAGGUGAGGAGUGUGGUGUCCUGGACGUCUUUGCUUUCUGGCCUCACGAGGUUGGGCCGGGUUGAUGAAGCGAGAGACCUGUUUGGCCGUAUGCCCGAGAGAGAUACGGUCUCAUGGACUGCGAUGAUUGAUGGUUAUGUGCAGGCUGCCCGGUUCAGGGAGGCAUUGGAGAUGUUCCGUGAGAUGCAGUGUAGCAAUGUGAGUGCAGAUGAGUUCACCAUGGUGAGCGUGAUCACAGCCUGUGCGCAGCUAGGUGCUUUGGAGAUGGGAGAAUGGGUGAGGGUUUACAUGAGCAGGCAAGGGAUUAAGAUGGAUGCUUUCGUGGGUAAUGCACUCAUAGACAUGUAUUCCAAGUGUGGAAGUAUUGAGCGCGCAUUGGAUGUUUUCAAAGACAUGCACCACAGAGAUAAGUUUACUUGGACUGCUAUCAUACUUGGUCUCGCAGUGAAUGGUUAUGGGGAAGAGGCUAUUGAAAUGUUCCACAGAAUGAUCGGGGUUUCAGAAACUCCAGAUGAGGUGACAUUCAUUGGUGUUCUCACAGCCUGCACUCACGCUGGCUUGGUUGACAAAGGACGGGAGUUCUUUCUCAGCAUGAGAGAGACCUAUAAUAUUGCCCCAAAUGUGGUGCAUUAUGGAUGCAUAAUUGAUCUUUUUGGCAGAGCUGGGAAAAUUACCGAAGCUUUGGACGCAAUAGAUCAAAUGCCAAUGACACCCAACUCCACUAUUUGGGGGACCCUGCUGGCAGCUUGUAGGGUUCAUGGCAAUUCAGAGAUAGGUGAAUUGGUAACCGAGCGCCUCCUUCAGAUGGAUCCAGAGAACAGCACGGUGUACACCCUUCUGUCAAAUAUUUAUGCAAAGUGUAACAGAUGGGAAGAUGUUCGGCGACUUAGGCACACAAUAAUGGAGAAAGGAAUAAAGAAAGAACCUGGUUGCAGUCUGAUCGAAAUGAAUGGUAUUAUUCAUGAAUUUGUAGCUGGUGACCAGUCUCAUCCUAUGAGCAAAGAAAUCUACUUCGCAGAAGAAGAAAAGCAGAAAGUUCUUUUCUGGCACAGCGAGAAGCUGGCGAUUGCUUUUGCAUUACUUAGUUCAGAACCUAAUACUGUGAUAAGAAUUGUGAAAAACUUGAGGAUGUGUUUAGACUGCCAUAACGCAAUAAAAUUGAUUUCAAGGUUGUAUGGAAGGGAGGUUGUUGUGAGGGACAGAACACGCUUCCAUCAUUUUAGACAUGGAUUCUGCUCUUGUAAAGACUAUUGGUAACUCCUUAUGCAUCAGAUACAUUUACGGAUCCGAAAAAAAAACAGGAAUGAAAAAAUUCCUAGGAAAAAGUGGCGGCAACGGAAACAGUUGAGGCAUUUUCCUGGCCGUAUUUACGGAUCCUAUAUUUGUACGGGGAAAAUCUUGUCGGUAUUCCCAUUUUUUAUAAGAAAUUAAGCUAAUCCAAGCAUCGAAGCCCACCAACCAUACCCAUUCUCAGGCAUCAUGCAAACGAUCUGGACUUUUGUGAACUGUAGACUGUUGUAUUUAUGGUGAUGGACAGCAUUGUUGUAUAAACUGCCAGGCAAGGUGCC